GAGAAGAAAACUUGCUGGCAAUUUUGAAAAGGAGAUGGUGGAAGUACAUGAUCCUGGGGAUAAUAGAUAUAGAAGCCAAUUACCUGGUAGUCAAAGCUUAUCAAUACACCACUCUUACUAGUGUACAGCUCCUAGACUGUUUUGUCAUCCCAGUGGUGAUACUGCUCUCCUGGUUCUUCUUACUGGUACGAUACAAGGCAGUACAUUUCAUUGGGAUCGUGGUCUGCAUUCUGGGCAUGGGCUGCAUGGCAGGAGCAGAUGUCCUCGUUGGGAGACAGCAAGGAGCAGGUGAAAAUAAACUGAUAGGGGACCUCUUAGUACUGGGAGGAGCAACGCUAUACGGCAUCUCGAACGUUUGUGAGGAGUAUAUCGUUCGAAAUCUGAGUAGAGUGGAAUUCCUGGGCAUGAUCGGACUUUUUGGCUCCUUCUUCAGUGGAAUUCAGCUGUAA